CUCCGAUGACAGGAGCAACGGCGGGGAGCUCUGUAUCGCUCUUGGCAGAUGACGCAGAGGAGAUCGGCGAUUGUGAGGAGCCAUUCGAGGUCCACGAAGGAAAUUUAUUCGAGAACUCCUGGAAACCACCACGAAUGAUGUACGAUCCGCCAGUCCAGCCUUCGCUGCUGAACUUCUUGAGGUUCUCGAACUUCUGGCGGAGAUCUUCAUCUUUGAAUGUUUCGGCCAGCUUCUGCACGUUAAAGGAUGCGCGCUUGAGCAAGGUUGUGGGGAUACAGAGACUGAGCGCGCCAGCUAUGCGACCCUUCGCGUAUUGAGUGGAGACACGCAAAUCGAGAAGAAGCACUUCGUCUACCGAAGACUCGAGGAUGUUGACAAUGUGUUGGGGUGUCACCAUACGCGGUCCGUCACCCUGCUCUUCGUCUGAAAUGUGCGCUGGCAGGGUUUGUGCUCGGUAGUGGGCGUUGGAGACGCUGUGCGAAGAUUUAUUCGAAGGCAAAGACGGGCGUGUGCGAUCUUCAGCAAACUCGGCAACUUCGUCGGUACGGCCGUAUCCUUCCUGGUCAAGGAAACUGGCGGGCGAGUUACGGCGGGGGCGAUCGGGGAAGGCGCUGGAUUCCGAGGAUAACAGACGCUUUGGAGAACGAGGCUUGCUCCCGCUACCAUCUGAUUUCUGGUCGUCGGAGCUGUCGUUUGUGUUCAGUGGCAUGUUCACAGACUGGGGUGACUGAGGUUUCAUGGCGCCGAAUACAGAGCCCUUGGGGGCAGGAAAGGAGGGUGGAGAUGAGCCAAACUCAAAUCUACCAAGUGCAAAAGCUCCCCUGCUGUUCUCGGACUGGCGUCUGAACUGUUCGAAUUCGGGGUUCUGAUCGACGGGAAUGACGCGAGGCGACGCAGCAGCUGUGGAGCGCACAUUGGAAGACGGAGGACUCCAGUUGCCACGGAUGUGCUGGGCGGCGCUGGACGAAAAGACGUCGGAGUUGGGAUCAACUUGCAAACCAAAGUAAUUGGGACUGGGCGUCUUUGGCUCUUGUGCGGCUGGAGUCUUUACUUGAUUCAGGCGGCGUGGGGUGAGGACGGGUGGGUUGGAGGAUAACGGGCUGCGAACGGAAGAUGGUCUCGGGACAGGUGUAGGGGCAGCCAUGGGUCGUGCCCGAGAUUGUGUCGAAUGUGACGAUUCACGAGGGCGGGGAGAGAUGGCUGGGGUAGACAUGAUGAGCAAUGGCCUCCUCUC